CACCCUCAAACCAAACACAAAUACUUCAUUCUCAAACCACCAAGCAUGGCGACUUAUAUGCACCAACUCAGCCAAUGGGCUUUCAUCCCUACCAACUCCAAGUUCCACCCUUCCACCCCUCUAUACAUCCGCAACAAAAGCACACCUCCCGUGAUCACAGUAUCCGACCACAGCGAGCAACCAUCUCUAACCCACACCUACAUCCACCAAGACGUAACCGUCGCCCUGAUCCCCCUCUCCCGACGCGUGAAGUCCCUCCCCAACCACCCCGGCCGCGGCGCCCUCCUCUACCACGCCCCAACCUCGAACCUCACCCUCCAACCCUGCACCUCCGCCUUCCUCGACGACCACACGCGCUGCACGAUCUCCCUCCUCGAAUACUUCACGACCUUCUACCCGUCCGACACGCCGCAAAUGCACGCGGUGCUCUUCCACCUCCUCGACACCCUCCUCGACGCCACGGCACCCCUUCCCCACACCUUCUGGGACCACCGCGCCCGCGGCGUCAUCCCAGACUGCGACCACGCGGAGAAGUUCAACCAGAACUGGAAGGCCGCGCUCGCCUUCUUCAACCACGUCAUCCAGGGCCGCAAGGGCGGGGAGACGGGAAACGUAACCGGCGACGUAGUGCACCACACGGGCAAGAACGGGCUCACGAACCCGGUCCCGUUCCGCCUCGGGAGGUACAAGUGCGGGUUGAAGCCGUGGGCGCAGUGGUUGUGCGAGGGGAGUCCGGGGUUUGGGGUCGGGGUUAAGGAUCGGGUGUACCUUGGUGUUAAUGAGGUGGAGGAAGUCGUUGAAGACGAGGCGUCUGACGAUGAUGAUGACGCUGAAGGCGAUGAUGAUGACGCUGAAGGCGAUGAUGAUGACGCUGAAGGCGAUGAUGAUGACGCUGAAGGCGAGUAUGAUGAAGAUGAGUCAAUGGAAGACGUGGAUGACGACGAGCGGAAGGAAGUCAUAAUCGAAGACGUGGAGAUCGGCGACCUGUCCGUCGAAGACAACAACGACCCCGACAACCCUGACGGCCCCAACGACGCGGGGGCCGGCGCCGUCGUCAUGCAGCCCAUCACCCAGCACGAGUUCUUCGUCCGGCCGCCCGAGCAGACGCCCAAGUCGAUCAAGCUCCCGCGGAGAGACAACACGGUGGCGGAGUUCAACAUUCCGAUGGGGGGGCUCGCGGUCAUAGACCAGCAGGUCUGGAGGGCGAGGGACCUCGCGCUGCGGGUCGUCGAGCAGGAUGGGCUGGACGAGAGGGAGGUGUUGGCGGAGUUUGACGCGCAUACCAUACCCCUAAACCACACCACAGCAAUCCUCGACGCACCCUGUCUGACAUCCCGCCACACAAUGUCUCUCCAGCCCAUGUACCCCAAACGCACAGACACAACUCCCCGCCGCAGCCCGGGCGGCCCCAUCGAACACAUGGACAUGAAAGCGCGCGACGUGCCGGUGUGGAUGGUCGACGAGGCGCUGGGGCGGUGCGCGGGGGAGGUCGCGUACGAGCAUCCUGGAGAUGCUGAGGCUGAGGCUGCGGCAGCGACGGUUGGAGCUGGCGGAGCUGCAGCGAUAGGAGGCGGAAGGGGAAGUGGUAAUGUGUUUUGGAUGGUGGGUGUUACGGUUCAUGAUAAUGGGGAUCCCAUGCACGGGAUGGGGGAAGGGGAGGGGAAGGAGGGACCGGAGGCGAGGAUCGAUUGGGGGGAUUUGUGGGAUGAUUGGUUGUUUGGCUGAGGGUAUUCCCAAUUUCUCUUUUGGGAUUUUGAGGAGGGAUGGAUGGGAGGGAGCAUCUUGACUUCACGGCGUUGAGUCGUGAAGGAGACAUACGGUUCACGAGUUUGGCAAGCGGCUUUUUAGAUCAAUUUUUCUUGCUUCCACUUGAGAUUCAACAAUACGACGGGUACGAAGUUAUCAGUCACAGACUCACAC